AUGGCCACUACGCUGCGCCGCCGCGCACCACGCGAGACCCAAACGGUUGAUGCCGGUUCCCUUGCCCCUGAAGAAUGUCCCGCCAGCCAGCCGACGACGUAUAUCCGUGUGGUGGAAAAGGCGCCCAAGGCGACGCGGAAGAGGCGGAAUACCUUUAUAUUCUUUUUGGGAGGAAUCUGCGGCUUGCUAGCUGCAGGCUUUUUCGCCAAGACCAAUGAUCUCAUAGACUUUCCCGAGCUCGGUGAGCUCAGCAUGGAUAGCUUCUUCGACGUGCUUCCGGCUGGGUUAAUCAAGGAUAUGCGCGACUUGGUGCAAGGAGAGCGUGAAGUCACUGAUGCGUACGACUCCUUUUCGGUUGGCCUCAAGGCACGCUCCGAGGGCCUAAACGUGCACCAUCCCAUGAUUAUGGUUCCUGGGGUCAUUUCAACCGGCUUGGAAUCCUGGGGAACCACCAACACGUCACGCCAAUACUUCAGGAAGCGUCUGUGGGGCAGUUGGUCAAUGAUGAGAGCACUUGUGCUUGACAAGGAAUUGUGGAAGAAGCAUAUCAUGCUCGAUAAGAAAACCGGCCUCGAUCCUCCGGGCGUGAAAUUACGCGCGGCGCAAGGCUUCGAUGCCACAGAUUUCUUCAUCACAGGAUACUGGAUCUGGAAUAAAAUCUUUGAAAAUUUGGCCACCAUUGGUUAUGAUCCGACCAACUCCUUUACAGCUGCCUACGAUUGGCGGCUGUCCUACCAGAAUCUCGAGAUAAGAGACCGGUAUUUUUCCCGUCUCAAGUCAUACGUUGAGUCUGCCGUGCAAUACGAUGGGGAGAAGGUGGUGCUAGCCUCCCACAGUAUGGGCAGCCAGGUGAUUUACUACUUCUUCCACUGGGUUCAGUCAGAACAAGGUGGUCGCGGAGGAGAAGACUGGGUGGAUCGUCACAUUGGGUCUUGGAUCAACAUCAGCGGGUGCAUGCUCGGUACAGUCAAGGAUCUCACAGCAGUAUUGUCGGGUGAGAUGAGAGACACGGCACAACUGAAUUCCUUUGCCAUGUAUGGUCUGGAAAAGUUCUUGAGCAAAGAAGAGCGUGCAGAGAUUUUCCGCGCCAUGCCUGGUAUCUCUUCCAUGCUUCCGCUCGGCGGCAACGCAGUUUGGGGUGAUUUGAACUGGGCACCAGACGAUCAACCGGACCAGAACUUCUCGUAUGGUUCUGUUCUGAAUUUCAAGGCCGCCGCCAACUGCACUACUCCGGACAAGAACAUGACGGUUGAGGGCUCUAUGAGAUACCUGUUCGAAACUACAGAGGACUGGUAUCAGGAAAAUGUCAAGAAGAGCUACUCCCACGGUGUUGCGCACACCGCAGCUGAAGUGGAGGCCAACGAAAAGGACCCGAGCAAAUGGAUCAAUCCACUUGAGACGCGCCUCCCGAACGCCCCCAGCUUGAAGAUAUACUGCUUCUAUGGUGUAGGCAAGCCAACCGAGCGCGCGUACUACUAUCGAGCGCCAGAUCAACCAGCAAACACAAAGCUGAAAAUCAGCAUUGACACGGGGCUCAUCGAGGGCGAAGUCGAUCAUGGCGUGGUGAUGGGCGAAGGUGAUGGCACAGUAAAUCUUCUCAGCACGGGAUACAUGUGCAAUCGGGGGUGGCAUAUGAAGAGGUACAACCCUGGCAAGUCAAAGAUCACGGUUGUCGAAAUGCCUCAUGAACCGGAGCGGUUCAACCCCAGAGGCGGUCCAAAAACUGCCGAUCACGUAGACAUUUUGGGCCGCCAAAAUCUCAAUGAACUUAUACUCAGGAUCGCAGCGGGCAGAGGUGACACGAUCACUGAUUAUGUUGUCAGUAACAUUCGCGAAUAUGCGGACAAGGUCAAGAUUUACGACGAAGGCGAGCACCAUGCCACAGAGAAAUUAUAG